UUUUUUUUUUUAGACGUGCUUUUAUUUUUUACAUCAUUUUCUUUUCUUUUUUAUUUUUACCACUGCAAUAUAUUUUUUUCUUUUUGUUUGCUUGCUUCUCAUUCAAUUGGAUAAACGGAAUAAUUGAUGAACGUGUCUGACUACAUGUUAAAUCCCAUCACGAAUAUACUAUAUAUUAUACAUAUAUAUGUGUGUGUAUGUAUGUAUAUAUAUGUAUAUACAUAUGUAUAUUUAUUUUUAACUGAUAGGAUAAGAGAAAAACAUUAAUGAUAAGCGUUCUUGUGAAUAAUAUAUAGAAAGACUAUUACACAAUCGAUAUUUGGCAACUUUUUAUCAAAAAUUUGUCUUCGUUCCGUAAUCGGUUUAAAAUGGUACGGUUUGUCGAUAUCAAUAUAGAAACGACAGUUUAUCGAUAUAUUUAAAAACAGCGCCGUUUUUAAAGACGUAUCAGAAAGAAACGCUAGAGACAAUAUUUGGAUUAUUUAGGCAAUAUAACAAAAAAAAAAAAAAGAAGAAGAUCGAGAAGAAAUAUCGCAGAAAGAUCGAAACUUUUAACGAUUAAUAUCGAUCGCGUUUAAUGUGAGAAAGAAACUAAGAGAGAAAGACAGAGAGAGUUAUAAUCAAAGAAAAAAAUAAGAUACGUUAGGAAGAUGAAAUAGAAAAAUUUCUUAAUAAGAAUACCAUUGAAUGCCAUCAGAACUCAAGAAGGGCAUUCACAAGUUCGCUUGUACGUACGUUCGUUCGUUCGUUCAGUCGUGUAUCGAAAAGUCAGUGAACUGUUCUCGGACUCUCUCGAGGAGAAGGAUCGACGGGAGGAGGUGGUGAUGGUGUUGGUAUCGGUGGUGGUGGUGGUGAUGGUGGUGGUGGUGGUGGUUGUGGCGGUGGUGGUGUUGUUACUUAACGCAAACCGAUAGAAAGUCAGGGGAUAUAGUAUCGUGCCAAAUCGUCGUUAAAAACUCGCGUCAUCGCCAAGGGAAAAAGACGAGAAUCUGUGAAGCAAAGAGAAACAAAUAAAAAAAAAAAAAGAAGAGAGAGAAAAAAAAAAGAGACAGAAAAAAAAAAUCAGAAAAAAAAAUAAGGAAAAAAGUAAUCGGAGAAGUUUCGGGGGGGGGUAUCAAAAACUCAUUGACUUUUUUUUCUUUAUGUGAGCGUUCCAUGUGACGUUUUUCCAUCGUCGUCUUUUAUUGUAUACUACGUCAGCUCGUCAGAUAUACGCGAUAAAUGCCGAAUUAAUUCGUUCGCCGCGCGAUUGUGGGAGUAAAUGGUAACAGUACCCGAUCGAAGCCACGUGCGGAAGGAACAUAGGAUUUCGGAAAAAGAAGUGUUCUUUUUCUAGGGAGGAAAGAAAAUAAAUAAAAAGAGAGAGAGAAAACGUUCCUUCGAACGAAUAGAAAAAAAUUAGAAUCAUAGUUUUUUUUUUUUUGGAACCCGAUGCUCAUCGGCGGAACAAUGGACGGUCUCAUCGAGAUUUUCGUCUUCUGUGGGGUGCUUUACUACUUUUUCAAUGUCAGAGCUACAAAUAUGGUAGAUGUACUUUUCAUGCGUCUUCAAGAAGUUUAUGAAAAAUGGGAAAGCAGGGCCGAUGUGAGACGAAAUACCGAAGCAACUGCAUCUCCAUUUACUUUAGGCGAUCUUCGACGUGCCGGACAGCAGUAUCAAAGGAAAAAAUUUCAUGAUAGAGAACAAGCUAGGAGAAUAAGAGAGAGCUCCUUGUACAGAAUUAAGGAGUCCGAACCGCUAAUACCGUUAUUCGCACCGAAGACUUCGUUCUUGCAUUAUUGUUGCCGUAGUUGUACACCGUCAUCUAGAGAUUCUUUAGUCAAUACGGUUAACAACCAACAACCAUUUGGUGUGAAUAUAUUGAUGGUAGAUUCUGGUCCUGGAUUAUUUUCUAAACUUUUUUGUCAUUUGUCUUAUGUUUACAGUUUUAAGACAUAUUAUUAUCCAAGAUUAACAGAGACAGUAUUGAACGAUGAGAGAUUGAAGGAAGCUAUCAAAUUAGCUGCUUGGGAAACAGCUAGUAAUGAUGGCUCUAAUGAAAAGCAGGCCAUGACGAAGGCUAAAGAUAGAGCUAAAACAAUACUUUUACAGAUGGAAAGCAGAAUUAGUAAUACACUACUUAAGAUUACUGCGUGGGUUCUUUACAAAUUAUUACCUUGUUUCAUACAAUCAGCUGUUCUUCUACCAUCACAAAUAGAAAUAUUGAAAAAGGCAAACGAUUCUGGUUUACCUUUAAUUUUUCUACCUCUACAUCGUAGUCAUUUGGAUUAUGUUAUGAUAAGUUUUAUUCUUCUUAUGCAUAAUAUCAGAAAUCCAUUGAUAGCAGCUGGUGAUAAUUUAAAAAUUCCUAUUUUUGGGUGGCUUCUUAGAGGUUUAGGUGCUUUCUUUAUAAAACGCCGUAUUGACCCAUCUGCAGGUCGUAAAGAUGUUCUUUAUCGCGCUAUUCUUCAUACAUAUAUUAUGGAAAGCCUUCGAGCUGGCCAUAAUAUAGAAUUUUUCGUGGAGGGUGGUAGGACAAGAACUGGUAAACCAUGCAUGCCAAAAGGUGGCAUCCUAAGUGUAAUUGUAGAUGCCUAUAUGGAUGGUACAAUUGAGGAUGCUUUAGUAAUACCAAUUUCAAUGAACUAUGAACGUCUAGUUGAUGGAAAUUUUGUGAGAGAACAAUUAGGACAACCCAAAAAAAUGGAAACAUUUGGAUCAACGAUGAAAGCUAUAUGGUCUACAUUAAUGGGAAAUUAUGGCAUUGUCAAAAUUGAUUUUUGUCAACCAUUUUCACUUAGAGAAAUGUUGAAGUCAUUUCAGGCACAACAAAAUAAAUUAAGUGUAAAAAAUCCAAUAGAAAAAAAGAUUCUAAAAUACACAAUGUCUAAUUCAUCUCUAUAUGGAACAGAUUUCGUAGUAGAAGAACAUCGUCAAUUAGUUGAUAACAUUGCGCGUCAUGUUGUAUAUGAUUGCUCAAAAUCUACUCCUAUUAUGUCAACAAAUGUUGUUGCUUGUUUACUGUUAAAUAAAUUCAGAGAUGGAUGUACAUUAGACAAAUUGGUGGAAUCAUUUGAUGUAAUCAGAAGAGAAUUUGAAUGGAAACACGUGGAUAUGGCAUUUUCUGGCGAAAGCAUUGACAUUAUAAAUCACGCAUUGGAUAUCUUGGGCCCAGGAUUAGUUAAGCAACAACGACAAGAAAUAACAGAAGCUGUGGAUGGACAGCUUAUCAAAUCAAAUGUCAUUGCAAUUCGUCCUGUAUCGAUAUUACCAAAUGUAAUCGAAUUAUCAUAUUACAGCAAUUCUAUGCUACCUCAUUACAUUAUGGAGAGUGCUAUAGUAACAGCUUUGUAUGCUGAAUUGCAGUCUCGAAAAGAAAAUCCAAUAAUUUCUAAAAACAAUAUAAUAUUCUUCCAAGAUGUUUUGGUUAAGAGAACACUUAAACUUUGUGAUAUAUUAAGAUAUGAAUUUAUUUUUUGCAAACCUUGUCAAGACCUUGAGGACUUCAUUAUAACAACUAUAGAAGAGCUUUCAUAUACAGGAAUAAUUUCUUUAAACGAGGAAAAUUAUAUGGAAGAAGAAAUAUGGAGCAGAAGAUAUGCACAAAAUUUUGAUGAUAGUUCAGAUGAAGAAUAUUCUAACAGAAAUCGUAUAAGGAAUAUUCAAUACAAGCUUAACUUAGAUCAGGAAAACUCUACGCGUAUGGAAUUUUUACAUACACUGUUACGCCCAUUAAUUGAUACAUAUACAUUGAGUGCGUUUACUUUGAGAAAAUUAGUGGGAAGAUCUUUAUCUGAAAGGGAUUUGCUUCAUGAAGUUUUAAGUGAAAUAAAAACAAAUUUGGACCGUGGUAUCGUUAGUUAUGGUGAAAGUUUAUGUGUUGAUCCUAUUAAGAAUUCUUUUAAACUUUUUGAAAAGUGGAAUAUCUUAGAAUGUCUUCUUCAAGAAAAUAUUAAAAUAUUUUAUUUAAAACUAGACUAUGAUACAGAUGCAGCUAUAAAACCAUUUUAUCAAGAUAUAGCAGCAUUUAAAUGGACCAGAAAUACGGAGUGAUUUCUUUUCAUAUUACAAGACAAAAUUAUAUAAAAUAUUGUAUAUAGUUUUUCUAAGCCGUGAAGUAUAUUUUGUAAGACUUUUUAGAUGAUAUUCUGUAAAUUUAUAAAAAAAGAUGUCAAAAAUCCUCGCAUGAUAUAUAUACGAAGUUAAUAGUUAGUACUUUCUUAUUAAAAUAUGUUUGUACAGUUUCAAGGUUUACUGCGCGAAGCUUAAUAUAUAUAUAUAUGUGUGUGUGUAUGUAUAUGUGUAUGUAUAUAUAUAUAUAUAUAUGAGCUUUCAACUGUAUCAUAGCAAAUGCGUGUCAAACUCGUAAUGUGAUAUUAUGUUACUGAAUAUCGAUUUAUAAUUACUUCAUUGAUAAAAAUGCUAUUAUUUUA